GCCAUAACAUCGCCGCAACUUGAGUCCGAAACGCCUCUCGACAUGACGGUGCCCCGUGUCAACCGCGGCUCUCCACCCUCUUACUCGCAAGCCGUUGCUAAUAAUGCACUCCAUAGACCAUCUGUCAUCACACAUUCCGCCACAAGGUCAUUAUCAAUGUGCGAUCCAAUAAUCGAAGAACACUUCAGGCGUUCUUUGGGAAGCGAUUACGAGCAAUACCUGAUGGGUCCACAAGCGGCACGUGGAAGUCAGCUGUCAAACAACGGCAUGUCGUCAUCCCAUAGACCAUCAGCCAGCAAUCUGCAGCGCAGCAAAACCAUAUCCUCUUAUCCAUUAGGUAAGGUAAAAUACUGCUCCGAGGCACCUCGUCGAAGUAGCGCAUCGAGCGCCGUAGGUUCUCCUUCCCCAGCGCCUCCGCCGCAUUACCCUGCAGGGGCGGCGACUGCCACCGCCGAAGAGAGACCCAUGUCGGAGCCCGCAGAUCCGAGACCUUCUCUUCUAUUACGCGACUCAUCUCUUUCAGUAGACGAUCAUUUCGCUAAAGCUCUCGGAGACACAUGGCUCAAAAUCAAAGAAGGUCAAGUUGUUCCGACCACCACUGCCGCAGGUUUGAUUGCGCCAGCAGUUGAUAUUGCUGCUCAUAAAUGAUGGUUUGUAGAAAGUUCUAAAGUGAACUUUGAUUUGAACGGUAAUAUGUAGCAUACUCGUAUUUAUGAUAUGUAAUUAUUCAUUUUCGAAUAUCACACAUUAAACAUACAUCGAUAAAGUACUGAAAAUCAAAUUUGAUCAAAACGUACGAAAUUAUAAAUAAACACCUGGUUCGAAUCAACUCAAAUAUGGUAAUAUUAAAGCUAAGACAUAAAAAACCCAUCGAUGUAUUUAUUUAG